GUGUGGUUCUACGUUCAGUUGCUAAUGAACUUGGCAACAGUAAUAAAGUAUAAUGACUAAUCUUGUGACUGUCAUUCUAUUAGCACAUUGCUGGGGUGUCGAAACUUUGGGGAUUUUGGAACUUAAAAAGUAUCUAGAUGUUCCUAGCAUAGCUACAUAUGAAAUUAUAGGGUUGAAAGGAUGCGCCAAAGAGUGUUAUAAGCGCCGUGGCCAAUGCGUGGCCCUGAACUACCAAAAGGAACACUUAAUUUGCAAUCUUUUGGACACUACAUCUGCGACAGCUCCCGAUAAACUGAAAAAUAAAGUAGGUUUCACCUACAGUGAAAUCAACACGUGGCUUGGCGACUUUGACUCUAGCUGUGGAACUGUUAGUUGUGGGGUCAACAAGAUGUGUGUGGAACUGAAGUCAGGGGAGACCACUUGUCAGGUUGAUCCUUCAAGUUGUCCGAAAGGCAAGUUUUUUAACGGCAGUGGCUGCGCAUUCUGCCCGGCUGAUGAAUACCAGCCGCUCAGUGGUCAGGCCAACUGUUCCGUCUGUCAAUCAGGGCCAGGGGCACAAUGGAAGAGGCCAAGUUUGGACAAAACAGUGUGUCAAGGUUGCUGGUACGGGAUUGGGACGUACACCGAGGGCGAUAACCCGAAUCGAAUGUCGACACACACGGUGGCUGACCGAAAUGAGUGCUACUUGCUUUGUGAGGCCCAGCCCAGCUGUCUCGCUGUCAAGAGUGCCAAGUCAAACACCGAGUGCAGUCUCUUCUCCACCAAGACCUGGGCCUAUGGUUACGUGCUCGACUCCGUAGUUAUUCUCGUUCGCAACCACUGUCGACCUUGAAUUAAUUUAAGUGUAAAAGCGCCUUUCCCUUCUGUUGAUUAUCAGCGUUUAUCAAUUUUGUACCUCCUCGAAAAUAAAAUCAUAAUU